UCAUCGGUUCGGUUAAUUAGUUGAUCUAAGUUGGUUGCAACCCCUUAUGAAGCUUUUUUUAAGUAUAAAUCUAGACCUGGAGUAUUCUUUAGUUGCAUCCAAACAAUUGAACAGGAAGCUGACCUCAUCGUGAACAUGAGAAGCUUCUUGUGAAUGGUUUAAGAUUGUUAGAAAAACGUAGAAAAACUUUCGGGAGCGAGUGGUUGUGUAAUAGUUUUUGGCCAGGUUACGUAACCCUUGGUUGGGAAGUUUCUCGAAAGCGAAGAAAAGCGUUUUGCGAAAUGGGGAUUUUUCUUUCGGUUUUAGUGGCCAGCGUUGGAGCCAUGGAUCUUAUCAACUGCUUGGCGUAUGUAUCGAAUCAGCUUACGGGAAGCCCUCCGGUGGAUGCUGAUCUUCAACGAUAUCGGCAGCUGCUGAAGGAGCAGAUCGAUAGUACUCCGCGAGCUUCGAUCGACGGUUUGACGUACGCUCAGGACGGAGUUUUGUACAAGGAUGGUUAUCGGGUAGAGUCGUUCGACGAGAAUCGACUAGAUGCGCUGAAUGCAAGGAUUCGAGAUCUGGAGCAGACAAGUCGAGAGAAAGAGGCAAAGCUGGAACAAUUGAAUGAGAAGCUGCAAGAGCUGGAAAGUCACUCGGAGGAAGAGGAUAUUCCUAGGGAUAGAUCUCGGUCUCGAUCCGUUAGUCGAGAGUUGAGUCCUCAACCGUCUACUUCGUCUGGGUGUGUUCCUCAAAUUGUGUUGGACGAAAAUGAUAUGAGAGGAGGCUCGAAAAAGUUCAGGCCGAUUCACAGAGACGAUGAAUUCCGUCGUACGAUCAAAAAACAAUCCGUUAAGUCUAACGCAUCUGAAGAUCGUGCUGAUGAACUGGACUUAUUGACGCAAAUGGAGGAGGAAGAAAACAAGGUUAUGGACGAUUACAUCCCACUUGUGUACACGCGAGAAGAGCAAAUGGCUCAAGGCAAUAAAAGGCAUCAAAUCAGUCCAAUUCAGGAGUUGUGUCAUAUGCAUGAGAAUGACGAGCGAUUAAGGAUGGAACGUUCUCCAGAACCUGCUUUUGGAGCUGAGACGGUCAAACCAUGGGGUGAUAUACGAUUAGGUGAAACCAAAGAAAAAGAGAUCAUCCACCUGCCUCAGAAUCAACUUAUCGAGGAAGAACGCAAAGGUAGCGUGAGCAGCUCAGACGAAAGUCUUGGAAAACGCGAGGAUACCGAUCAGUGGCAACGUAACUCAAUGCCAGAAUUGCCGAUUGUCCAGCAGGAAGCACACCUAACAGUCAGCGAACCUAUAUCGUCCAAUAUCAGCUCUCAUUCCGGGAGUCCCGAUCCUGAGCAUCCGACUCUGAAACGAACGCGCAAAAAGAGCGAUCUUACAGCUCUAUUGCUGGAAGAAGAACGUAAAGACGCUACCAACAGUGGCAUUACGAUCCAAACCGAAGACUCCGAAAACGAAAACGUCAACACCACGGAAUUCAUGCAAUGCAAAUCACCCUCACCGUAUGUAGAAAACGAAAAUCUCGAAGUUCCGUGUCAGCUUAUUCCUCUCAUUGGAGCAGAUCUCGACAAAUCUCCUGCUUCCGAAAGUCGACAAAGCUCUGUCUCUCAAGACUCUCUGCAACCAUCAGCAACACAAUCAAGAGACGCUACCAUCUCUCCAGCACCAAUUGGCUCAUCCGGUUCUCCUGCGUCUCCCAACUCGUCUAUUCUAGAUGAAUCCUUCAAGGAGCAUUCCGGAGACAAUCGGAACUCCUCAUCCCCCAUUGAAUCCGAUAAAAACAAUUUAAUUUUCAGCGGCGAGUACACCAAGGCCAUGUCGAAGGAUUGGCACUCGGGUCACUUCUGCUGCUGGCAGUGCGACGAAAGCCUCACCGGCCAACGUUAUGUGCUCCGAGAUGAGCACCCGUACUGCAUCAAGUGCUACGAGAAUGUGUUCGCAAACAGCUGCGAGGAGUGCAACAAGACGAUCGGCAUCGAUUCCAAGGACCUGUCCUACAAAGACAAGCACUGGCACGAGGCAUGCUUCCUGUGCAACAAGUGCCGCAUUUCGCUGGUCGACAAACAGUUCGGCUCCAAGGCCGACAAAAUCUACUGCGGAAACUGUUACGAUGCCCAGUUCGCCUCCCGGUGUGACGGUUGCGGAGAAAUCUUCCGUGCCGGAACCAAGAAGAUGGAAUACAAGACCAGACAGUGGCACGAGAAGUGCUUCUGCUGCUGCGUCUGCAAGACCGCCAUCGGCACGAAGUCGUUCAUCCCGCGGGAACAGGAGAUCUACUGUGCCGGCUGCUACGAGGAGAAGUACGCCACUCGCUGCGUCAAGUGCAAGAAGAUCAUCACCAGCGGCGGCGUGACCUACAAGAACGAACCGUGGCAUCGCGAGUGCUUCACCUGUUCCCACUGUCAGGUAUCGCUGGCCGGGCAGCGCUUCACCAGCCGCGACGAGAAGCCGUACUGUGCCGAGUGCUUCGGGGAGCUGUUCGCCAAGAGAUGCACCGCCUGUAUCAAGCCAAUCACCGGAAUCGGCGGUACCCGUUUCAUCUCGUUCGAGGAUCGCCACUGGCACAACGACUGCUUCAUCUGCGCCAACUGCAAAACGUCGCUGGUCGGCCGCGGUUUCAUCACCGACGAACAGGACAUCAUCUGCCCGGAAUGUGCCAAGCAGAAGUUGAUGUAAACACCCCACGACCACGACGACAGUCGGUCUUGUAGAGAGAUAAGCGACACUCACUGAUCAUUAAAACAAAACAAAAACACAUGCAGACACCUUAAUAGCACUAACACUUAACAACGAAUUCGACACAGAAUCAGACUUAAACUUGAAACAAAGGGUCGCAGAAACAUCGAAACAAAAUUAUUCAACAGAAAAAAACACAUGAUAUUCUAAAAACAAUCGGAAACCAACGUGCUAGAAUUUACAAAAGUGUUUUUAAAGAAUCAAAAUCGAAGAAACCAAACGGAACAGAACAAUAGAGGCGUGAAGGUAGACGAAACAAAAUAACGCAAAAUUAGGCCUUCCAACAAAAUGAACAACAAAUAAUAAUUGUGUAGAGACUAGACAACACCACAGCAUAUAGAAUGUUUAAGUACGUGUUAGUGGAAGCUGCCAAAUAAGCGUGAGUGACAGGAGACAGAGAGAGUCAAGAAAAAAAACAAGCGGACGGUCGGCCAUCUUGCGUGCGAGAAAUGGAAAAAAAACGCUUGGCUUCGAUUAGUUUCCGCACGGCGUCGCUGUUUAUUUAGUGUAAGAUGAUUAACCUAUGUUUUUAGAAGAAAUCCAAAUCAAAAGCGAACCAACUAUUUAUUUACACGAGAUUUCAAGAAUUAUUGUACGUAGUAUUUGGAUUGCGCCAUCUUCAAAUGUGACUCCUACUCUAUUGCUUCAUAGUUAGAGAUUUAACUUUUACGAUUUUAACCUGUCCCUUUUUCAUUCGUACUUCAUUUUGUCCAGUAUCUAAUUGUAUAUUUUAGUAAAAACAAAACGGAACACACUUAUUAUCAAAACUGAAAACUAAAAAAAUAAAGUAUUUUUCUAUGCUAUUUCUGCUUGUUAAGUAAUUUUAUGACGAAGCAAUUAGUUUUGAGAUUUCGGCAAUCGCUGUGACCAGCAUGUGAGUUACGCAAACGAACGAAUCAUCAGAUAUGAAAAAACAAAACCACAUGCACGCAUACACAACGAGAUUAGCGGGAACGGCCUAUAUUCACAAGAGUUGCCUUCAUCUAGGAACAAAUUACGAGAAAUUACAGAGAAACAAAAUAUAUCUAUAUGAGAAGAAAAAUACUUAAUACAAAAAAUCCUAUUCAUUAAGGAAAGUGACAAAUUUUAAAAAUCAUGAUCGUUAUAGUUUUUAAAGCUUUUAAAUGGAAAAAUACGAUAAAAGUAUUUAUAUAGUAUAGUGAAAAUGCUUUAAAGUAAUCUAUACAUACACACAUAUUUAACGACGAACGCUUGUCUCCUCCCUCUUUAUGUUCUAUGUUAAACGUAAACUCUUGUAUUGAAUCAAAUAAAAAAAACCCUUCGUGAAUUUAUUCUUCUUAGACGAUCAUCCAAGUCAAAUAAAUAAUAUGUUUAAAGUGAACAAGUAGAUACCUUAAAACUCUAGAUCUAAUCAAGCUGAACAGUUACUAAUCUUAACAUUUAGCGUACUUUGCAUAAAUGAACCAAGAAACCUAAAAUUGCUACGAACCAAUAAAACAUCAAAAGAGCCCAAUCUAAAAAAACACUAGAAAAGUACAUGUUACAAUGCUUUUCGGUUUUUUAAAGUAGGAAAACUAGCAACUAUAAAUAAAUAAUUCAAUGAUCCGUUAUGCUUUCCGAAUAUUUUUUACGUUUUUAAAUCGUCAACAUGGUUGGCUCAUAUUUAUUUCUGAGAUUUUAUUAACAAUCCUUGUACUCUCUCAGCUUGAAGAAAACCUUAUUUUAGAGAACAAAUUUAACAUACUCCAGAAAGGAAAAAAAAAGGUUUCUGUUUCAGUUGAAGAGCUUGAAAUAAAAGAAAAAACAAACAUCGUCGAUGAGAUUAGACUAUUUGUUGAAUAACACAUCCAGAAGAUCCAGAAUACAUACAACAACUCGGGACAUUAUUUAUACACAGACACACUAUCAUGAGAACACGCACAUGAAAACAAGCGUCACACACAGACAGAUACACCUCCUCCAGAAAACAUCGUUAUUGUGUAAGUAUACCAGAAAGAAAAUAAAAGAGCUCUAAAUAUUACAUGCUAAUCAUUUCAUCACCUCUUUGUUAAACUUAAUAUAUAUAUUUUAGAAGUAAUGGGAUUUUUUUUACUUGAAAAUAAACUGUCCUCCUCAAAA